AAAGAGUAAAAGUGCCUAAACCCCUAAACCCUCCAUUUUCCCUGGUCUCCAUUCUUCUCAAUUUCCAACUCCUCCAAUUUCCCCUCUUUGCUGCCUCCAUAACCACCACCUCCAAUAUGAUAUACGGCGGAAAAAGCUUCGUCUCCUCUUUGCCGGCGUUCUCUAAAGACGCAAAACGCCUCCUUAUUUGCUCCGGUAACACUGUCUCCGUCUUCAGCACCUCCACUGGCAUGCAGAUAACUGAAUUGGAAGGUCAUAGAGCACUUGUUACUUCUGUUGUGGUGGUUCCUAGCUCAAGUAAGCUUUUGUGCUAUUGUUGGACCUCGUCUCUUGACGGCACUAUUCGGUACUGGGAUUUCGCGGUACCUGAAUUGAUGAAGACGGUCGAUAUUCGUCUCCCUGUUUUUUCAAUGGUGAUCCCAAAAUUUCCGUCUAAACAAGAAGAUGAGGGUGGUAAACCAACUGAUUUGUUUGCUUAUAUAUCUGUAGAAGAUGUAAGCAAUCCUGGUGACAAGACUAACCGUUUACUUGGGCAAAUUAGAAAGUGCAACUUAACUAAAUCUAAGCUGAUCCCUGCAGUGAUAUUAAAAGAGACUGCUCGGCCUGAGUUUAUUACUUGUAGUCCCUCGGGGGAAUUCUUUGGUAUUCAUAUUAAACGCUCACUUUAUAUUUGGAAAGUUCCAGCUGAUGAAAGUGAGCGUGCCUUAGUGAGGAAGAUGAAAUUGCACCAUACAAAAAAUUUUACGACUUUUGCCUUCCAUCCAAAUCAUAACGUUGUGGCUACUGGCGAUGCAAGUGGGAGGAUUUGUGUCUGGAGGGGUUUCGGUGCUAGAACAUUUUUCAAAGGCAAUGAUAAGGGGAACGCAAAGCUAAUGAAAUCUGAAGAUGAAAGAACUGGGGUUAGAGAAGAUGAUGAUGUUGAGUCAUGCUCUACAUGGCAUUGGCACUCAUCUGAAGUGAAGUUUCUUGCCUUUUCUACUGAUGGAGCCUAUUUGUACUCAGGGGGAAAUGAAGGAGUGCUUGUCCUGUGGCAGCUGGACACUGGGAAGAGAAAGUUUCUACCACGAAUUGGAUCUCCUCUACUACAUUUUGUGCAUUCGUGUGAUCCUACGCUCUCUGUGAUAUCUUGUGCAGAUAAUCAGAUCCACUUUUUGAAGAUGCCAUCAUUGGAAAUCUUGAAGUCCAUAGCGGGAAUUAAGCUUCCUUGUUCUUUUCCAGAUAUGUGGAAUGGAUUAUCUAGUGGUUUCACCUUUGAUCAUUCAGCUGGUUUAGUUGCUCUGCCUACAGAUAAUUACCGUAUCCAGUUCUAUAGCUUGUUGGAUGAUACUGAAAUCACAGAGGUUCAAAUCUGUGAAAGAAAUCAUCAACCAAGCGAUGAAAUUACGGUGGUAGUGAGCUUUGUGGCACUUUCACAUGAUGGCUCUUUGAUGAGUACUAUUGAAACUAGGCUAGCUGAAGAUGGUGUAGGAGGCCUUGUUUGCUUGAAGUUUUGGGAAUCUGAGACCCAGGAGAAAGAAUAUAAUCUUUCUACCAUAGUUUAUGAACCUCAUAGGGAUGCUGCUGUUUCUGCUGUUGUUUUUCAUCCUAGAAGGAAAAUGGCUGUCAGUUGUUCAUAUGGUGGUGAUUUUAAGAUUUGGGUCCAAAGUAACACUACUCAAAGUAAAGGUGGCGUUGAUAGUUGCUCAGGGUGGCUUUGCCAUUCUGUUGGUUCCUACAAGGGGAAGUCUAUGACAGCUGCCACCUUUUCUGCUGAUGGCUCCAUAUUGGCUAUUGCUGCUGAAACUGUGAUAACUCUAUGGGAUCCAGAUAGAAAUUAUCUUGUGUCUAUAGUUGGAGAAACUUAUACGCCUAUUGUGAACCUUACAUUUGUUGGUGAUUCUGAGUACAUCGUGUCCACCUCACAAGGUUCAAGGCCCCAAUUAUCUCUCUGGUGCUUGUCAAAGCUGUCCAGAGCAUGGUCUUACGGCAUUUUGGUUGAAGCUGUUGCUUGUAUGGAAGAUGAUCCCUUUUUCGCAGUGCUUGCUGUUUUUCCCGAUUCAUCUGUAUUGACUGAAUCACACAGAAGUUCAAUUUCUUCUGGAGAUGGCAUGAUUUUGUUGUUUGAUAUAAACUCUCCAGUACCAGUUGGUACGUGGUUGGUUAGGAAGGCUAAGGGAGGAGGGCUGGCAUUUCUCCAACAAAGCCAGUUGUCAUCAUUGAAAAAUAAUCUUUCUGGAAGCCCAUCUGCUUUGCUGGCAUAUUUUGAUAGGGACCAUGAAUAUGUUGUAUUUGACCCUCUCAGCAAAGAACAACAUGAACCCAACCUAAAUCAUAAAAAGGGUGCAGUGGAUUUCGAGGAAUCAGGACAACAUGGAUAUGCCUCUAUUUAUGGGGAGUUGCCAAUUUUUGAUCCCAAGAAAACUACACAAGCUACCAUUUCACUAUCAGAGCGGCCUUGGGAGACCAUAUUUAAUGGUCCUUCACAUACCCUUCCACCACUGACAAAACUAUGUUCUGCGUUUUUGGAGUCAUUGCUUGAAAAGAGAACAGCUGCCACUGGCUGAUUUCUGAGCAGAUUGAAGUGCAAUUCAAAUUAACUAGGAAAUCAUUUUUUAUUAUCUUCAUUGUAUAUGUUGCCUAUAAAAAAGAGCAGAGUAUGGCAGAUUUGAAGGAGAAGUAACAACUGUUUCGCGUAGAUGUGUAACAAAAUUCCAAGACCGCUAGAUCUGAAUCUGAUCAGGGUGUUCUUUUUCGGGCCAGAAAUUUAGGUAUAAUCAGCAUAAAGAACAGAAAGAAGAAAGAGGAUGAAUACUUGUUGAAGAACAAUUGAUUAAAUUUAUCAUUAUAGCUGGUUUGUUCUUUUGUGCUUGGCACAAGCCUUCUUGUAUGACUUUGUAUUUUCGUACCUUAGCCUAGUGCGGUUGCUGGUAAAAUUUGUAGCAUUUUUGUUAGGUACAUCAAUUAUAGCAGCAGAAUGAAAAUGAGCUUAUUAUUAUUUUAAACCGUUCCAUUCGAUUUUUAAAAA